GUCCUGCAUGGAAGGGACCCAGCGUAAAAACGGGGCAAUCUAAGUUCCCAUUUUACCCCAUUCACUUCAGGACCCUCUUAAUUAUUUAUAACAAUUUAGACGUCAUGUUAAAAAGAUAUAUCAAUAUUUACGGAGUCUCAUAUUACCUGUUAGUGCUUUGCCUUUUGGGCAAAUAAAUUAUUCAUCCGCGUACAACAAAAUGGAAGCUGUCUCUAGAUGGCUAUGGAGCUUCGUUGCAGAUGAAGUAAAGGUUAACCAGGAUAAUCCAACGGUAACUUGUGGAGAUUCCGUUCUUCUCUGUAGUAUCCAGUUAACCAAUCGUAAUUCAAAGUUUGAAGAUCACCACGAGAACAACAUAACUGUUUCAUAUAGUGAUGAGUACAAUAAAGCUGUGGGAGACUCUGACUGCAAAUUUAAAGUCACUAAAGUAAAUCAUAGGCUGCUACAUGUUACAUGCGUUGCUCGUCGCGCUGGAAAGGCAAAUGUGAACCUAGACUUAGGAAAAUGGUAUCGCUUUGAUCGUCAAACUUUAUCCGUUGAAAUACUUCCUUCGUCGCCUAAAUGUUUGCAAAAUGUUGCAUUCACCUGCUCUAAAAAGCCAUUUGACGUCAGGUACAAACCAAGUAACACGAACCCAACGAUGGUGUAUCGGAACCAAUGGUCAAUUCUUAAAGCAACAUUGGAAGAUUCCUACGGGAAUGUUGUCCGAGGUUUGUGUAAGGAAUACAGCAUCAUAGCUUUAAAUUUAUCCAGCGAGGAGGGAGAGGAAAUGGAAAUAGAAUCCAGAAAGAGAGACAUUCAGAAUGGAAUACUUACAGUAGACACGAAGAUUAAUGAGGCCGGAAAGUAUAACCUGUCAAUAGCUCUUAGUGAUAGAAAAAGCCCGGAGGAAGUGUUCCGUUUGAGAUUUAUUCCAGUGCAAGUUAACAAUGCGCCAGUGUACUUGCAAGGAUCAAAUUUCUAUUAUCCUGAAGUUUGCGUGGCUGGCAAUGAGAUUCAACUAGAAAUCGUUCUUUGUGAUAUCUUUGGUUGCCCCUUGCCUGCUAACUCGACUGCAGAUUUUAAUAUCGCGUGCCACAUUCCCAACUUCGAUGCGAAAAAAGAAACAAAGGUUUUGAAAACAACAAAGGACGAGUCAGGUAUUGUAGUUUGUUUCUCAAUGGUUCUUACUAAAGCUGGAAGCAGAGAGCUGGUGAUCUAUGACAACUGCAAUAGCUCAAAAAAGAAAGUCAUACACAUUGACAUCCACCCUGAACUGAACGAUAUACAUUGGGGGUUCACUGCCGUAAAAGAGAAUGCUUUCAGGAGAGAGAAAUUGAUCUCUGAAAUAUCCUUGUUUGAUCGAUUUGAUAAUGAAAUAUCGAGUUCACCAAAUUCAUAUUCAUCAAAUAUUCCAAAUCUUUUAAAGCAAAGCGGUCCUGAACAAUGGUUUGUAAAGAAAAAUAUUCAAGGCAACAACAAAGCUACUGUGGAGUUUUACUUCGAGAAAAAUGGAACAUAUAGCCUUUGUUUAGCAGAUCAGGACGAUAUCAUUGUAGCUAGCACUUCGUUCUCGAUCACAAUUACAGAUGCUCCAUUAGACUAUGGCAGUUCAUCAGUGAGAUGGUUACCUGAAUUUGACGAUAUAAAUGAUCAACCUAUGUUCCCCGAUGAUGAAUCAUUUCGGUGUUGUUUGGCACUAAAAGACGUUCUUGGUUAUGAUUAUGACGGAAAAAGAUUCACAGCGGGUUGCAUCAAGAUGAAAUACAAGGACACCGAGACAGAGGUAUGUUCUUUAUCAGAAAACAAUGGAUCAUACAACAUUGUUGUGCAAUUGACGAACGUCGCGAAAGACGAUCCGCGCCCAAAAUUUUGGUGCUUUGUAAACGACAAGAGAAUUGAAAAUCCUUUAGUUCUGCCAAGAGUCCAAGUAUUUGAACGGUAUGAUGAUGGGAACUGUAUUCUUGCAUGGUCAUACAAUUCUUCAAAUAUUUUUUGCCAAGGUGUUACGAAGGAAGACGUAAUCGGGGAGGAUUAUUGUCACCUAAAUAAUAUUAAAAGAUUUUGCGGGAUGGUAAACAAUCCUGAAAUUAAAACGGUUCAACUCGUUAAUACAGAUAUUGAGUUUCCACUUGACGAAAGCAGUGGCAAAAUAAAAAAAUUUCAAAACAGUCUGCUGCAUCUUCUCAGAGCUUUGUACUAUCGGAAAAAGGCGUUUGAAUUAGACAAGGCUCGAGAACAGUGGAAAAGAAGGGCUACUAAAUUUUAUGAGGCUGGUAACAGUGCCUGUUCUCGUUUUUGCAGGACACUAAAAACAAAAUACGCCAAACUAAUGCAAAGAUAUCACAAUGAAGCAUGUGAAGAGUUUUUUCAACUCUGUAAUGCUGGACGUCGCCAAAGUGAGAUUGAUCUUCAUGGAUUAUUGGUGGUCGAUGAAGACAAGCUCGAAGAAUAUAAACAACGUCUGCUCUCCAAAGCCAAAGAUGAAAAAAGCCUGGAUGACGUGGUAAGGGAAAUUGAAGAACAACGGGAUAGUGGCAAUGAAGCCAUAAGGAAAUUGCGUGAAAGACUGGAUGAAAAAUUUGAUAUGAAUGUGGCCGAGGAAGAUGCUGAGAUGUGGCUUGAGAUCAUUGUUGGGUCCGGAAAUCACUCCAAAGGACGGAAACGUAUCCGACCUAUGGUUGAAAAAUAUCUAAAAAAGCGCAAGUUGGAGUUUAAGCCAGUUAACAAAGGAGCUUUGGUGGUUACAUUUCAGAAGUAUGCUGGAAAAGAACCAUGUUUUGGGCCGUAUUAUUGCACUAAAUGUCACAAGACGUGGGAAAAUGGUAGAAGUUGGAUUGGCAAGUGGCAAGCCUGUUACAACUGCAACGAAAGGAGGAAUUCAAUCGAGAAAUGCUACCCUCUAAAGCAGCGUCCUCAUAGAAACCGGCAGACUUACAUUCCUAAAAUUGCUUCCAGAAACCAACGGCCGAUUCCGAGACACCUCCAAGAACUAUGCCAAAAGUGUACUGAACUUGGAAGACCGUGUCCGCGAGCUUGAAUUCGUUAUGACUGCUAUACGUGUCGAGGAUUUUUCCUGAUAUUUCUCCGGAACUUAGAAAACAUGAAGCAUGUAAUCUUCUUACUCAAAUUAAUGCAUUUUGCAAUUUUUGUGUUGCCGUUCGGUUUGGAGAAACUAUUUUAAAUUCGCGUAGGCUAGAUAUAAAGCGUAUUCAACAAAA